AAUUUGUCUGGUAAUUAAAUGCUUCAAACAUACUCCAUUCAGGCAUGACCAUCAGUUAGUUAUCAUACCAACCAUGAAGCACCAUAACAAAUCUUACCCACUCUUAUUUUCAUGGAUGAUGGAUCCCUUUCUAUAAAUUACAAUGCAUGAACUCCAUGCAGAAUCAUCACUGUGACCAAGUAACAUAUAGCCAUGUCUGCAUUGUUAGCCUCACUACUCAUUUUCUCGUUGUUCACUUCCGCAACUUCACUAAGCUCAAACUACUAUGCGAAAACAUGCCCUAAUGUCGAAUCACUCGUCAGAAAAGCAGUGAGGGACGCAGCGACAAGUGACAAGAAAGUCCCUGCGGCGUUGCUAAGGAUGCACUUCCAUGACUGUUUCAUAAGGGGGUGUGAUGCUUCUGUUUUGCUGGAUUCUAAGGGAAAAAACAAAGCUGAAAAGGACGGGCCACCAAAUAUUUCGUUGCAUGCAUUUUAUGUCAUCGAUAAUGCUAAGAAAGCAGUCGAAUCUGCGUGCCCAGGAAUAGUUUCGUGUGCUGAUAUCUUAGCUUUAGCGGCUAGGGAUUCCGUCGUGCUGUCUGGAGGGCCAUCAUGGGAUGUUCCUAAAGGAAGAAAAGAUGGAAGAACAUCAUUAGCAAGUGAAACAUUACAACUCCCCUUUCCUACCUUCAAUAUAUCCCAACUUCAAAAAAGCUUUGCUCAAAGAGGUCUAUCUCUAGAUGACCUAGUGGCACUUUCAGGUGGUCAUACUCUUGGUUUCUCCCAUUGCUCAUCAUUCAAAAGCCGAAUCCACAACUUCAACUCAGUAACUGAUGUUGACCCGUCACUCAACCCUUCAUUUGCCGCAAGUUUAAAGAAAAUUUGUCCAGUCAAAAACGCAAAGAACGCAGGAGUUCCAAUGGAUCCUUCUUCUACAAGUUUCGAUAAUAAAUACUACAAACUUAUUUUCCAAAAAAAAGUCUUAUUUUCUUCGGAUAAAGCUUUGCUUGAUUUGCCGAAAACUAGAAAUCUGGCAGCAAAGUUUGCGGGUUCAAAAUACGCAUUCACAAAUGCAUUUGUAAACUCCAUGAUCAAGAUGAGUAGCAUUACAGGUGGUCAAGAGGUCAGAAAGAACUGUAGGGUCGUAAAUUAGACUACCCGCAAGGACAUAUAUGUAAUUUCGAGUGAGAGUGUUCUCUGUUUGCUGUUCAGAAAGGUGUGGAUGUUAAGCUAGUUGUGGCAAGUUUAUGAGAUAAAAAGGGAAGCCUUUGCAAGAAUAUGACAUGGUCAUAUUAAAUUUAUUAUAAUAAUGUUCAUGUUUAUGAUAUAAUGGAAGAUGCAUUUCAUUUG